AUGCGCUUGAAGCCACCUGGAUACUUGUGUUUCCUGUUAGCAGCUUCACAGUGCUGCUUGGCAAAAUCUGCGUCUACUUUUGUGGACCUGAGUCCCCAUUUCAAUAACAAGGCCGCAUCGGCAAAAGUCAAUGGGACCGGGAACUUUGAUUUAGCCGGAGGGUCAUACGUUUCAGAGUUCUUACCCAAAGGCAUAUUCACUUAUCGAAGAGUCGACUUUAAUCUUCCGCCAUUCCAUAACGAGACCGCCCUGGACAAUGUCAGGGUUGCUGCUCAAGUGGUUUCAGUCCCUCCUGGGCGAUAUCAUGCAGUUCACGCUUUACUCGCUGCUGAGAAGAAUAAUAUCGGCCAAGGAAAUAUUACCGUCAACUAUACCGAUGGCACUUCGAUUACCAUUGGAGUCGUUGCCCCUGCUUACUUUCAAAUAAAUAACCCAUCCAACGGGCCUAUUUGGACGCCAUAUCAUUACACAAGUACAACGGUCCUUACACCCGAAGGUAUCAACCGCAACGAAACCUGGAUAUUCGAUUUCCAGGCUGGCUUGGAUAAUUCCAGGACGGUCGAAUCUAUUCAACUUCCGGCUGCCAAAACCCCAAUUAUGCAUUUCUUUGCUUUGACGUUAUAUGGACCACCUCCCUCUCAGACUCCAAAUGAACCAGUAUUAAAUGUCCAGUACGCUCGAUCGACAACCAAGUGGGCCCAGAACAAUUACAGUGCCAACGCCAUUCCCGACCCUACGAGUCAGAUCUUCGAGGUUGCGUUAGAUAAUUUGGCGACUAUGGACGCUCCUACGUCUACUUGGCUCAAUGGGAAUUAUUCAGUCGUUAUCGAGGGAGAAGGGUUGAAGACUUCUCGCCCGUACGCACUCAAGAGAUUGAGAUCAGGAGAUCAAGUAGUUAUGAAGAUCGGCGUGCACAACACGUUCAAGGCCCCAACGAAGACCAAGGGACAGAUUGUCGUCAAGGACGCACGUGGGGAGGAUGAGUUCAGAAGCGAAGAAUACGAGUUUAUGGCCGGAAUACCGGAUUACGAACCUGUAGAUGCGAGUUUGUCCCAACAUGAGGCGUCGGAUUGGUUUGAUGAAGCCAAGUUUGGAAUAUUUAUCCACUGGGGUGUCUACUCUGUCCCUGCUUGGUCAGACGGGAAAACCUAUGCAGAAUCAUACGUUUGGAUUCAACAUAAAAUCAAUUCGUCGACUUGGACACGCCACCGGGAGGUCUAUGGCGAAAAUGUAGUCUACGAUGAUUUUAUCGCCAACUUUACAGCGUCGCAGUGGAACCCUGACGAGUGGACGGACUUGUUUGCUAAUUCUGGAGCGAAGUACUUUACUAUUGUAUCCAAACACCACGACGGAUUCGCUCUAUACGAUACCAAAAACACGAGUAAUCGCAACUCGCUAUUGUAUGGUCCAAAGCGUGAUUUGUUGAAGGACCUGUUUGCAAGUUCCAAGGCCCGACAUCCAGAGCUGCACAGGAUUGCAUAUUACUCUAUGACUGAGUUCUUCCAUCCUCAGUUCCCGUAUGGGUUCGGAAGCUGGCCAGGCGGACUUGCUCAUUUUGCAUACAAUGAUACAUGCUGCGAGGGGUACGAGGGGUACGUCAAGAUCAACGACUGGGUCCAGGAUCUCCAAAAACCGCAAAUGGAAACAUUGUUCUACGAUUAUGAGGUUGAUGCGAUCUGGUGCGAUAUUGGAGGGCCAUCACCGUUUGACGAGAUCGUCCGGAAAUGGGAGAGUAAUUCUGGAUUGGAUCCUCAUUCUUAUGGAUACAACAGCGGCACGGCGCCUGACAGGUAUAUGAAGGGUGUAGAUGUGAUCAAGCAAUUGGUCGAUAUCGUGUCUAAAGGGGGUAACUAUCUCCUGGACGUCGGACCUACCGCCACUGGGGAAAUCAUCCCAGAAAUGACAACGCCUUUGCUUCAAGCCGGACAAUGGCUCUCGCACUCUGGCCCGGCAAUCUAUUCUACCCGGUACUGGUCGGUCGGUCCGGCCGAUACGACCUAUAAUCUCCGGUUCACGACCACCCCCGAAGCGUUUUAUAUCAUCGCGUUGAGCCGGCCGCAAGGUGGUAUACUUAAAACUCUGAUGCCAAUUCCGAUUUUGGAGGGGGACGAGGUGAGACUGUUGGGUGGGAGUGGGAAAAAGUGGAGUGGACGAGGCAAGGCGAGGAGGAUGGUGUUGUGUGCAAGUCGGAGAGGAGGAGAUUGGGUUGGUCGAAUAUGCUUGGGCGUUCAAGGUUGA